UUCCCAUUUUUUAAGAUGCUAUUAUAAUCCAAUCGGUCAAGGAAUAAUAGCUGUGAUUUCGGAUAACAAUAUUGGACAAGUGUUGAUUAACUCUACCAGCCGCAAAGGUGGAUAUCAAUGUCUUUAACUUAAUAAGUAAUCUAAUUGAUCCAAAUAGAGCUUGUAGAAGAGAACAUUUUCAUCACUCUCAACAAGAUGGCAGAUAACAAGCUUCAAGGCAAAGUUGCUAUAGUCACUGGUGGUGCCAGUGGCAUCGGCGAAGCCACGGCGCGGCGCUUCGCGGACCGCGGCGCAAGAGCCGUGGUAAUCGCCGAUAUCCAAGAUGAGAAGGGCCUAAACAUCGCCGCUUCGAUCGGCCUCGAGGUUUGCGCCUACGUCCACUGCGAUGUCUCCGACGAAGAGCAAGUCAAAACUCUAGUCCAAUCGACGGUCGAAAAGUACGGACGCCUGGACGUCAUGUUCAGCAACGCGGGAAUCACCAGCCUCGCCGACCAGACAAUCCUCGACUUCGAUUUCGCGGCGUACGAGAAGCUAUUCGCCGUGAACGUCAGAGGCAUGGCGACGAGUGUGAAGCACGCGGCGCGCGCCAUGGUGGAGGAGCGCGUGAGGGGGAGCAUAAUAUGCACGGCGAGCGUGGUGGCGAGCAUGGGGACGCCGCUGUGCACGGACUACACGAUGUCGAAGCUCGCGGUGGUGGGGCUGGUUAGGUCGGCGAGCCUGCAGUUGGCGGGGCACGGUAUUCGGGUGAAUUCGGUGUCGCCGGGGACGGUGGGGACGCCGUUGCUUCGGGAAAUGUUCGGGAUCGGAGAGAACGUGGACUUGGAUGAGUUUGUGGAGAGUUGCUCGCGCUUGAAGGGGGUGAUGAGGGCGAAGAACGUGGCGGACGCGGUGGUGUUUCUGGCGUCCGAGGACUCGGAGUUCGUCACCGGACAUGAUCUGGUUGUCGACGGCGGGUUCUUCGCUGCCGUUUAGGAAUAAUGGUCGGUGUCUGGUGGUGGUGGUGGUGUGUUGCUAGUGUGGACAUGUGGUGUCACCUUCAAGUUGAUAACGUACGUGUCAACUAAAAUAAAUAAUGACGUUGUACGAAGAAAAUGUAAUGUAUUGUCUAGCAGAUCGAGCCAUAACUCGUAACAUAUAUUGAUUUGUGACAAAAUCAGUGUGCAAUUUAUCAUAAGUUAUAUAAA